AUGGAUGGACUCGACAAAAGAGAAACAGUUGGAGAGAAGAUAGAUGGAGAGAAAGGAGAUGAAUACGUUACUGUUGCCAAAACAAUGCAGGUCGUCAUAGUGGACGAAGAAAAGUAUAGAGAAUUCGAACCGAUCAACGAGAUGAUCGUGAAUAGGAGUGGAGCCAAACUGCAACCGGAGCCAAAGUUUGUGAUCAGUGGAUUGGUGGAUGAUGAGGAGUAUUUGAUGAAGUUACGCAUUGAAUUGGUAGACGAGUCAAGAUACACAUUCAGGAGAAAUCAAUGGGUUCCAGUGUCCGUGUGUGUCAAGAAUGCGUUUUACAGUAAAAUGGGAGUAGCUGAAAGCCGGAAGGAAUCAGGUGCCACGUGGCACUCAAGAAUUGUACAGUUUGAUAAAAUGCGGAUUUCGAGAGAGUUUGGGGCAAUGAAACGGAAUAUGGCAUACUUGGAACCAGGUCACAAAUACAUUCCAAUCCUUUCAAUCGUAAAUGUUUCAACUGGAGUUUCAAUCGAUUAUCGUUUUGAUCUACUUCAAUUCAUUGCUGUCAAAAGCUAUCAAUCUAUACCAGUUCGACAUGCAAAGAAAGCAAAUCUAGUGUGUCCUCUUCUUCCUUCCAGUCCCAUUGAAGAAGAGAAACCAGCAAGCCUUCUUUCUCUAAAACUUCUUCCUCAAGAAUCUCAACAACAAGUUGUCCAAUGGCAGCCGGCUUAUUCGUAUGGAGGAUAUGGGAUGACAGAAAUACCGUACCAUCCUCCUCCUCAAAAUGCGUAUCCAUUUGAUUAUUUCGUUCCUUACCCACAACUACAGUAUCCCAUUCAACACGCAAUACAGUACCCUGUUCCUUUCACUCCAAUACAGUAUGCUCCGAUAAAACGUCAGAUGAUUCAACAAUUAAUCCAAGAGGAGCAACAAGAGGAAGUGGAAAUUGAUGAAAAUGAGGACGUCUACAUUCCAGAAUACGGUUGGAAUCCAAUUCUUGUCCCUGGAUGCAAAACAGAGCAUAUUUAUGAAAUUGGACAUCAUUUGUUAGGAUUUCAUCAUGAUAUAUGGGCUCCACAAGAUAUGGAACUCGAAAAUUUGUACUAUAGGACUGAACAAGUAACAACGAAAGCAGGACGAGUUCUUCUGAAUGGUGUUAGUGGAUGUGCUGUUCCGGGAGAAGUGAUCGCUUUGAUGGGAGCUAGUGGAGCUGGAAAAACGACACUUUUGAAUACAUUGCUUCAGAGGAAUCUGAAAGGAUUAGAAGUAGAAGGGGAGAUUCUGGUGAAUGGACAGAAUAUUGGAAAAGGAGUGACCAGUGUGUCAGCAUAUGUUCAGCAGGAGGAUCUUUUUAUGGGAACACUGACAGUAAAAGAACAUUUGGAUAUCCAAGCGAAACUUCGUCUUCCACCUGGAACAUCAUCAUCUGAAAGAACUAAACGAGUCGAGGAAGUGAUGAAGGAGAUGCUUUUGGAGAAACCCAAGAACAGUCGAAUCGGAAUUCCGGGAAUCAAAAAAGGAAUUUCCGGGGGAGAAAUGAAACGAUUAGCGUUUGCCACUGAAAUGAUCAACAAUCCUCCAAUCAUAUUUUGCGACGAGCCAACAACUGGAUUGGAUUCUCAUAUGUCCCUUCAAGUGGUCAAAACACUGGAAGCGAUGGCUAUGGAAAAGGGAAAGACUAUCAUCUGCACUAUCCAUCAACCAUCAUCAGAAGUUUUUGAAAUUUUCGAUAAGGUCGUGUUUCUUGCACAAGGACGAAUCGCAUUCCAUGGCGCUAUUGACGAGGCUAUUCAUCAUUUUUCUGCAUGUGGGUACCAAGUACCCGACCAUACAAACCCUGCUGACUAUUUCAUCGAUACUUUGGCAAUCCGACCAUCUGAAGCUGAAACCUGCAAGAAGCGUUGCCAAGAAUUGUGCGACAAGUUUGAGAAGAGUAUCUACCAUGAGCGUCUUCUGAAAUUGAUGACCCAAACAGAAGAUGUUCGAGCAAUGACUCCACAUCAUUCAGCAUCCUACUUCGUCCUUCUGGCUGCUCUAUUUCAUAGAUACAUGUUAGACAACAUCCGCAAUCCCGCAAUUAUGAAAGCAAAACUAAUUCAAAAGUUAUUCAUGGGCCUUUUCAUUGGACUCUUGUUCUACGGACUCGAUGUUGAUCAGGAUGGUUUGGCCGGAUACAAAGGAGCUCUCUUCUACUACAUUUCUGAAUUGACCUACUCUACGAUUUUCGGAAUUCAAGCGUUUAUGCCAGCUGAUUAUCCGCCGUUGGUCCGCGAGUACGAUGACAGAAUCUAUCCGAUUUCCGCCUACUACAUUGCCAAAAUCCUAUCGUUUCUCCCGAUUUUCACAGUUGAUGGAAUUGUUCUCGUUUUGGCUUCUUACUUUUUUGUUGGAUUCCCAAUUAAUUUCGUAACAUUUAUCCGACAACUGAUAACUUGUAUGAUUAUUGAGUGGAAUGUUGCUGCAUUGGGAAUUGCUGUUUGUGCUACUGCUCCGUCCUACGCGAUUGCUGUCACAGUCACUGGACCUCUUUUGACAGUAUUCUCUCUAACUGGAGGACUCUUCACAAAUGUUACCGAGAUGCACGCGUGGAUCAGUUGGGUGCAGUAUCUCUCGUGGUUCCGAUAUGGAUAUGAAUCUCUCGUGGUCAACCAAUUCGAGCAUGAAAAGUUUUCGAACAUCACUUGUCAAGCAAUGGAUCCUCAUGGGAUCAAACAAUCGAUUCCAGCUUCGUUGUGUGAAGAAAGUGGACAAACUGUCGUCAAGAACUUCUCGUUCGAUCCAGGAAAUUUGUAUACCAAUUGGAUAGCAAUGAUCUAUUUGACCUUUGUGAUUUAUAUCGUUGGAUAUGUUGGUCUCGUUCGAAGAGUCAUUGCUAAUCGUUGA